GCCAGCGUGGAUCCUCCGCGGCGGUUCUAUCGCAACCUGGACCAGCAGGCCAUCAAGUUCGGGCUGUCUCGUCCCGACCUUCUGCGCGUGGUUGCCGCGUCGUCCAAAUCGACUCCCUCAUCUUCAUCAUCACCUUCUUCUUCGAAGCGAUCCCUGGUCAUCAUCGAUGCCAAGUCCUCGGCCAAGACCAAGUUCUCCCAGCAGGUGCAGGUGGCCUUCUACGCCCUGUUACUGCAGGCCUUGAUCGACGAGGAGCAGAUCGACGACUUGGAGAUCGGCGCUGAGGGAGGGAUCUGGCUGAAGAACCAGCCAGCGCCGGAGUGGUUCAAGCUGGCGCCCAUCGUCUCGAUCGUGGAAGACUUCAUGUUCCGGUCCACCCCUCUCGCGUUCUCACCGUUGGAGCAGCUGCUGCGAGUGCCCAGGUCGCAGGCCAAGUGGCAGAUGACGUCGGUGUGCGAGAGUCCGUCGCGCUGCUCCUACUUCGACGUGUGCCACACCCAGACGGUCGAAGAGAAGAAGCUGUCGCAGGUGGCCUACCUGGGCCGCUCCGACCACGCCUUCCUAUUGAACCUGCGCGACAAGCUUAUUCAGUAC